AUGAUUAUCUUAUAUUUCUCAUGUAUUAUUUUAUCUUUUAUUAAUACUGUUUUUUCACAUUCCAAUUAUGAAACUCGUUUAUAUGAUAUAAUUCGUAAAUCAAUAGGGAAAGACGAUGAUCAACUAUUAUUAGAAACUCAAAUUUAUAAUUAUCUAAAUCCAACAAAAAUUCCACCAAUUAAUCAACAAAUAAAUUCAAUGAAAAAUAAAGAAGAAAGUAAUAUGUAUAUACGUGAUACUUGGGAUCCAGAUGACGAUUAUUAUUUUAAAUGGGCUUCGCUAAAUCGUCGACCUAUGGAAUCAUUAGCAGGACGAAGACGAUCAAUAGAAAAAAUCGUACCAGGAUUGAAACAACAGCGAAUUAAUACUGGUAUAUGGCGUAGUGGACUUGUUGGUUAA